CCGCAGCCCAGUUACCCGUCCAAGCCUGUGCCGCAGCCCAGUUACCCGUCCAAGCCUGUGCCGCAGCCCAGUUACCCGUCCAAGCCUGUGCCGCAGCCCAGUUACCCGUCCAAGCCUGUGCCGCAGCCCAGUUACCCGUCCAAGCCUGUGCCGCAGCCCAGUUACCCGUCCAAGCCUGUGCCGCAGCCCAGUUACCCGUCCAAGCCUGUGCCGCAGCCCAGUUACCCGUCCAAGCCUNGUGCCGCAGCCCAGUUACCCGUCCAAGCCCGUGCCGCAGCCCAGUUACCCGUCCAAGCCCGUGCCGCAGCCCAGUUACCCGUCCAAGCCCCAGCCGCAGCCCAG